AUGGCGCCAUCGGCAAUUGAGGAGACGAAGGAGGCCGUCGUGCCCUUCAAGCCCCAUGGCAAGGAGGAGAUGACGCCUCUGCAAGCCAUCUCGCAGGGUGUCUCUCUGCCCGGCAUUCCCCUCUACUCGGAAAUUGACAAGCAACGCCACUUCAUCCUCUCACACAUGGCAUGCGCUUUCCGCGUCUUUGCCCGCAAGGGCUUCACCGAGGGAAUGUCUGGUCACAUUUCCGUGCGAGAUCCCGAGAAUCCCCACACCUUCUGGACCAACCCGCUGGGCAGGCACUUCGGACUGCUCAAGGCGUCGGACAUGAUUCUGGUCGACUACGACGGCAAGGCCAUCGGUGGAAACAUGUCGCGGCCGGCCAACGCGGCAGGCUUCCUGAUCCACAGCGCGGUGCACAAGGCGCGGCCAGACGCCAACGCGGCCUGCCACACGCACUCCAAGUACGGUAAGGCAUGGAGCACCUUCGCCCGCCCGCUCGACAUGCUCAACCAGGACGUGUGCUACUUCUACGGCGACGCCCAGGCCGUCUACAAGGACUGCGGUGGCAUCGUCUUCUCCGAAGAGGAAGGCAAACGGCUGGCGGGCGCCCUGGGUCCCAACGGUAAGGGCAUGAUUCUGAGGAACCAUGGACUUUUGACCGUGGGCCAUACGGUCGAUGAGGCGGCUUACUUGUAUACCUUGAUGGAGAGGAGCUGCGAGGUUCAGCUCAUGGUCGAGGCGGCGGAAGCAAACGGUGUUCCCAAGGUCCUCGUGCCUGACGAUGCGGCGGCAUACACGUUCAAGAUGGGCGCGGACAGGGAGUCGCUGUACUGGGAGUUCCAGCCAGAUUACGAGUAUGAGGAGGAGCAGUGCAAGGGCGAGUUCCACAACUGA